UAUUUUCUAGUAUUUUAUUUUAUUUGUUGUCAUUAUUCAAUGUAAUAGAAAUGGUAAAUUAUAGACCUUUUCCCACAAUCUGAACAGAUCAGGUCCUUUUAAGGACCCCUAUGGGCAACCUAGGGAGAUAAAUCAACGCCAUCUAGGUCCACUUAACGAGCCACUCUCGGCACACUAAUCUUCCAAAACUAUAUGUAGCUCCUUAUUUUCAAUUUUGGCGGACAGUUCAAAAUUGCGCCUAAUUUCCUUGACAAAAAUGCACACCCAUUAUCUUUGGCUUAAUCCUACGGGACUUUCCAAAUUCCAUAACACCAUACCACCCUCCGCCUGUUACCGGCUCCGGUCGGAUUGCUGGUGGUCCCUUGCACCAGCCAGUGCAGGCGGUUCCCUCUCUAAGCCACCCCACCCCGUUCCUGUCCUGGACAGAGGGGCUGGCCGAGGCCAACACCUGUGCCCAGGACAGACGUGCGCUACAACAGCUUGUUCUGAAUGUGCACGUUAAAUACACUGACCUGACCUAACCUUUUUCCACUCCUGUAACGAUAAUAUGUAUUCUAACUUAGAAUAUUUUCGUUGAGAAAUUGGCAUUGUUGUUGUUUUGUUUAAAAUGUACAUUUAUCUGAAUGUUUUUGUAGUCUUAAAUUAUGAAACCAGUUUAAACUAAUAUAUAGAACUUAUUGUCAUUUCAUAAUUGACAAUGUGAUAUGCAUAACAUUUUAUCUGCUUUUUAUUGUAAAUUCCAAAACGUCUGAUCGUAUGUAAAUUUAAUGCUAAAUGCUUCAUAUGUUAAAAUAGGUUAAACAUCGACUCUAAUCAAUCAUUAGAUAUUGUUUAACUAUGACACCAUUUUUAAUAGUUUUCACAAUACAGUAUAUGGAUUUCUGGUCAAUACGUUGUGUAUUGAUUAAGUGAUUAUACCAAAUAUCCGCCCUAAAUCCGCCUUGGAUGUGAAGGGUUACAGGAUCGAAAUCCUCAAUGGACUCUUUGGAUAUCUGUGGAUCCAACUGGUGCCCCAUGACUUCUGUAUCAUACUGCUAGUAUCAUACUGCUAGUAUCAUACUGCUGUUAUUUCUGUGAGAAAGUGUAUAAACAUACCCCUUGUUGUUGAAGUUCCAUUGUUGCCUUAUGUUCUGGCGCUUAAUACCGCUGGUUAAAUGCUAUGCUGAGAUACACAUAAACGAACAGUUUUGACAACGUGCAGUUUUUAGAUUAAGAAAUCUAUUGAAUAGUGAAUGAAAUUACAGGGAGCCUCAUAAAUAUCAAAAUAACAUAAUUAAGAAUUGUUGCUAUUUAACAGCAGGUCAUAACCUUUAGAAAUAUGUGUUGUUGUGGUUACUGAAUUGCAGGUGGGCUUGUGGUUCUUUCGAUAACUGGGACUCUAAUUAUAGAUAUUCACAUGGUUCAGUAUGCAUCGUUGCUUCAAAAAAAUAUAUACCUGCACGGAUGUUAUUCCAUUUAUUUUUGUUCAAUUCUGAGUAUACAUUACAACUAAACGUCGAGUAGUUUUCAUCUUAAACACGUUGAUUAACUGGAAAUUCGUGUUAGAAUCGCGUCCAGUUCAAUGUUAAGCGAAACGGUACAGCAGUUUCGAAUCCCGCUAAUGGAUACUUAGUAUUUCACGACCCGGGGAUGACUGCGGGCCGUCGUCGUUACAGCAGUCUGUCUUUGUCGGCGGUUACCUGGUCGUAACGGCAGCUGUUGUCCAGUAGCCGACAGACGACACAUUCUUCAUAGUCGAAAAGCUCUGAGUAGCUGUGUUGAUUCAAAUGCACGUAGUCUGGCUUGAAUAUUGUUCUUUUCCAUAGUAUUUCCUUCGGUGGUGAACUAACUGGUAAAUGUGUGUGUCCUUCCGUUCGAGGUAGUUUGGAUUGUAAACAAUAUCUUGACGUCAUCAUAUUGUUGUACUUCUCGUCCAAUGAAUGUCUUGGAUACCAGUUGAUUGUAUUAUUUGUACUAAAAUUUCUACGUGCUGAUCACUGGUCGGACUUCAGUGUACAUCGACACAGCGAAAUCAGACGACGAUCCAUUGCCGCCAGAGUUGGAAUCUAUAAUUGAAGAUGUAAAAUGGAAAAAAGCUAAGAAGAAGAAAUCGUUGGACAGAUCCCGGUACGGAAAAUUCAUCAUGAACUUUGAAGGAGGAGACGGCUUUGGCGAGGUUGCUCUACUGGAGGAGGACGCGGUACGGAAUGCCACGGUAAUAGCCGACGAGGACUCGGAUCUACUCGUCAUCUCUCGAGAGUUAUUUGAAAGAUCCAUGAAGGUGAAGCAGGAGGAGUAUUACGAGGAGAGACGGAAGUUCAUCCAGGACAGUCCUCUGUUCGCCUUCUGGACGACCAAGUUCCAACGACUGCUCGAGCUGAGUUUCGUCAAAGAGGUCCACAAGUAUGGAUCUGUUAUCAUGAAACAAGGCGAACCCACCAAAGGACUUGUCUUCAUUUUCAGUGGUCAGGCGAAAAUAGUUGUUGAACCGGCAAAGCACGAGGCUCAGUUCCCCUAUCUGAUGAAGCCACAUUGUCCUGGGCAGAACAACAUGAAAUCUCGUCUCCACAAGCAGAGGUCGUGCGCCGGACUGGCAUCUGACCACAUUAGGGUGAAGAGGAAGGAAGGAUACGCGGCGGCCGAGAAACGCCUCAAGAACAAAACCGUUGACCUCUGCUGUGUGGAAAAGAAUGAAGUUGUUGGUGAUAUUGAAGUGGUGCUGAAUCUAGAUACUAAUAUUGGAACCGUGGUAUCCACUACCGAUACGGAGGUAUUUGUUCUGAAUACCAAGAACUUUGAAAGACUGGUUCUAAAGAAAAAUAUAAAGACAUUGGAAAAGCUGAGAAAUGGUGUCUUGCAAAAACUAAUUGGAAGACUGCGUAUACCAAAUGCUCGCUCAGUUCCUCUAUUGGCUCACCUUUUCUCAGCCGCUAACUGUCUGAUGUUAAAGAGCGAAUCUCCCAGCCAUAAGACGACAACGGAAGAAGCAACAGACCCAAAACUCAAACAUCUUAUAGAAUUGUUUCUUAAAGACAAAGUUCCACUCAUAGAUCCAUUUGUACCGAACUCGUUGUAUUACAGAAAGAAGAGUGCCUUCAAAUCAAAACAACUGGGUGUUGAGUCGAAACUGUUUGACUAUUUCAAAAUGUAUGAGGUCCAUGGAAUUGUAAGGCAAAAGUUACCUAGAAGUAUGGACAAACUUCGUAACAAUAUCGAAGCUGAAAGGGAACUUCUUGGCGAGGAGAGAGUGGUACUUGAAGAGGAGGUGUCCCCCAUGGAAGCCUUUGUGAGAUCUGUUAGUUCUGUUUGUCCCCGCACGAUGGCCAGGUCUGCACGCUCCUUACCCGAACGACCACACACGUCUGAUGCCAGUAUUCAGAUAACAGAAUGUGACACAGUUCCCUCUGCCUUUGUCUCGGAGAGCCAAGCUGAAGAUAUUCUUGACGAUGAAACGAUAACCACUCUGUUCCACCAGCUGCAGGACAUCCAGAAGAGCAGGUCAGACCAGAGACUAAGGGCAGUCUACUCCGGGUCUGUGAGAAGUCGUCUGCGAGGAGGCGCCAGGAACUCGUCGUUUGACAACUCCAUCGAGAGUGACCACAACGAAGAUGACGUCAUAGACUGGGAGACCAGCGACAGAAACUUGCGACACCUCGAGGAGAGAAUAAAAACGUUCUGUGAGAAAAUCAGGACGCCUAACGUCAGAAACAAACACCGCAUUUCAGAGAUGAGGCGAUUUGAUAUCGAGGACCCUCAGUAUUUACCGAUUCCUGGUGGUGCCGUGUACGUUCACAAGAAGGCUUGCACCUCGGUCGGCAUGGGUGGUCCAGUUCCUCACAGACAUGUCAGGCGGUUUAUGCUUGCCAGACCAUCCACGUCCUACCAUAUGUCACACACCGCCUCCAGACUUAGCAAUUUGUCUCCUCUCCCAAACACUUAAAGAAGAAAAGACUUCGAUGUCACAGAACUCGCCAUGAAAAGAAUUGAGGGGAGUGAUUAAGUGCUCCCUAACUUAGAUUAUGGCGAGCCAUUUAAGAUGGUAUCAUAUUGAUUGUAUAUAAAUUCACAUGCUAAGGCGAGCUAAAACUUACUCUCCUAGAACUAGUGGGAGUGAGAGUGAUAGUUACCCUUGAAUGGCGAGGUCUGUCUUCGAUGUCAAAAGACCAAAGUUCAAAAUGAUUUCAUAGGUAAAGCAGAGUGGAGAUUGUAGCAACACCAAUUUAUUCGUCGGAAGUAUUUCAGUUGGAGAUUUGCAUAGAUUUAAAAAUAAAAAUUGAUGUUUAUCUCUGAAGAUAACAGUUAACUUGUGGGAGGACUAUUUAAACCGUUUCUAACUCCAUGUGUUGCCCUGUUGCUACCGUUUGUUACCGGAAAUUCGACUUCAAUAUGCAACAGCCUUGACCCUCAUAUUGUUUUACAGUUCGCAAUAAGAAGAUGAAAUAUUAAUGUAUAUGACAUUCAAUAUUUACUUUUGUUAACAAUAGUCCUCAUGUAAACGAAGCACCUGCCAAAAUGCCCUUUGGAAGCUGUAUUGUGCGAAUAUAAAUUUUUGAUCACGAUAACGGUUUUUUCCUUCAGAAUAGGAAAAUCUGUUUAACAUAGAUUACAGAACAUACAAACAUUUUAACAAAUCUGUGUAUGUAAUUAGCCAAUGGCUGAAAUAAAAAUAUGCAGUUC